AUGGCCAAGCACCACCCUGAUCUAAUUAUGUGCCGUAAGCAGCCGGGAAUAGCCAUUGGACGUCUUUGUGAGAAAUGUGAUGGCAAGUGUGUAAUUUGUGAUUCCUAUGUGCGGCCUUGCACUCUUGUGCGAGUUUGCGAUGAAUGUAACUAUGGAUCUUUUCAAGGUCGCUGUGUCAUUUGUGGGGGCCUUGGGAUUUCUGAUGCCUACUACUGCAAAGAGUGUACACAGCAGGAAAAAGAUCGUGAUGGCUGCCCCAAAAUUGUCAAUCUUGGGAGUGCCAAGACAGAUCUUUUCUAUGAGCGUAAAAAAUACGGUUUCAAGAAAAGAUGA